AUGCUCUCGUCUUCGUCUCUUUGGAUCCUUCAAUUCUUCCUGGUACGAACAUCGGAGAGUUUAUUUGACUACACUUUUCCUAGGGGCCGUGCUUCCAAUUAUGAGCCUCCAAUUACUUUUCUGGUUGUCCAGAAACGGCAUCGCCGCAAUGAUAAGCAUACUGUUGGUAGAAGCAGGAACAUACAUCCUGAUUAG